UCUUAGAGACAUGGCAGGGAGGAACUCCUUGGUUUUCGCCGUCGUGCUUUUUCUUCUUGUUGCGGAAUCUAUAGCGACUCGAGGAUGGGCGUCAAGAAAAAGAGGGCGAAGACGAUCCUCGGAAGAGUCCGAUGAGGAGCCCACCUACCCGCCAGGCCCCGCGGGUCCGCCAGGCCCGCCCGGGGCACCGGGACUGAGAGGGCCGCCCGGACCUAAGGGGAGCCCCGGUCAAAUGGGCGCAAAGGGAGAAAAGGGUCUCCAGGGACCGAAAGGUCAGCAAGGACAUCCGGGGCCGCAAGGACCCAUGGGAGAAAAAGGUGACCUCGGGCCAGUGGGACCGAUCGGGCCACCUGGCCUGCCUGGACCUAAUGGAGCCCCUGGUCCCAAAGGCAUGACAGGUAUCCAAGGCCCCCGAGGUGAAAGGGGAGUACCAGGUGAGGCGGGGCAAAGAGGACAGAAAGGCGACCCUGGUCCCGUCGGUCCAAUAGGCCCGCCCGGAAAGACUGGACUGCCUGGGGAACCCGGCAGGAACGGCGAACCAGGUCCAGCCGGACCCACGGGACGUCCGGGAAUACAGGGACCGUACGGCCUUCCGGGGAUUCCUGGACCGAAAGGGGACCAAGGCCCUGCUGGUUCUCCAGGAAAGAUCAUUAUUUUCCUGCCCUAUCCCGCCGGCGGGAAGUCUAAGAACGCUUCACAGACUGACGACCACGCGGGAAGGCCUGACGUGCCAGGUGACGCCAACCCGGCCGACAGGUCCGCCAUUUUGACCGUCAUACACAGCCAGACCAAGGAUAUCCCAGAAUGCCCCUGUGGUCUGACGGAAGUGUACCACGGAUACAGCCUGGUCGAGCUGACGGACAACAAAUUCGACCCGGAGCAGGACCUCGGGUCUGCUGGGUCCUGUCUGCCGUACUUCAGCGUGUCGCCUGUCACAGUCUGUGGCGGGAAGACCUGCAGCGAGCAGUCUACCCAGAAGACCCUGUGGCUGACGUCAGGAGAGCCCUUACCUACGUCACAACACGUGACUGAUGACGUCCUGGCGUCAGCCGUCAGUCGGUGCACUGUCUGUCAGGCGCAUGCGCGGGUCAUCGCCAUUCACAGUCAGAAGGACCACGUUCCCGACUGCCCCACCGGAUACAGGAGUGGCUGGACCGGAUACAGCUUCAAAAAGAAGCCAACUGACGGCGGAGUAGACGGCCCGUUUCUGGGGGACCCUGACUCGUGUCUGCGGAAGUACCUGGACAUCCCCGUGAUCCAGUGUGAUCCAGCCACGGGCAGCUGUACCCAGCCGGCGGGACAGGGUGACAGGUGGCACCGAGCAGCCGCCUUAGUCGACACGGUGGUCACCACACCUGCACCGGCACCGGCCAGCCGCUGUCGGGUCUGUGUGUAUGACGAGUAAGAAUAUGUUAGUGAAGAAUUGGGAGAACGAUUUCGUCGUUGCCACUGCUUUGAUUGAUAAUGAUUGUAGCAUGGAGGUAGAAAAAAGACCUCCAUGAUUGUAGGUAGCCUGGGUACCAUCCGGAUUUUCGCUCCACAACGCUCGAACGCUCAGGCUAGAUUGUAGGUACAGGAUUUGGCAAAUUAAGCAUAAUAUCAGAGGCAACAGAAGAAUUAUUCACGCCUUUCUUUGUUUCAAAGAUGUCACGAUAAGUCAUAAAGAUAUGAUUACUGUAUCA